UCCCCUCAGUUCAGUGUGUGUCCUCUCAGCAGUGUGUGACUGUGUCCCCUUAGUUCAGUGUGUGUCCCCUCAGUAGAGUGUAUGUACAUGGCACAAAUCCCGUCUCCUCCAUUGCCUAAGCAUAUCAGUGUGGAAGCAAAGCAACAGCUGCAGCGAGUGAGGCUAAUGAUGAAAGUCCAUUAUUCAUUCUCUUCCACUCCACUGACCAAGGCUGAUAAUCAAUGAGAGGGACCAGGAGAAGCGUUUAAGAAAGGGACCGAGGAAGGGGGGUGUUGUAAAGGAGAACAUUAUGUUGCAGAUAGCAACAGCACUGAUCAGCUAAGGAACAAAUAAGCCUUCCAACCCCACACAGAUCCAUCAGACACCUUCCCAAACCAACAGGAUCUGACCACAAAAAGGAGCUUGUUAUCCCAGCCCUGCAUCGUGCUUUACUGAGGAAACCCUCAUUAUUCCAUUCUUGCAUCUCUGCCUUUCUUCCCACUGCCAAGAAGGAUUUUGCCUGCCACACAAAAGAUUUUUCAGCUGCUCCAACCAAAUCCCCAUUCUUCUUGCAUCUUGGUUCUAUCUUUAUUUUUAUGUCUUUCUACAUCCAGUUUUCUUAUGUGGAUAUGCAAGGUAGAAGAGAAAACAGCAUAAUCCCAACAUGUCCAGAGCUUUAACCCAGCAAACUGACGGAUCUGUAUCUACAAACCCAGGGAUUGUAAGAGUUGAAGAUGAGGCCUACAGAAGCCUGCUGCUACUUAAAAAUCAGCUUGAUUAUACUUUUUUAUAUGGGUUGCUAUGCCCAGAAACAUCCCAACAUGGACAUUGCUGUCAUUUUAGUCGGCACUACAGAAGAGGUAGCCAUCAAAGAUGUACACGAGAAAGAUGACUUCCAUCACCUUCCUGUGACACCAAGGGUGGCUCUAGUCACCAUGAAUGAGUCUGAUCCUAAGAGUAUAAUUACACGUAUCUGUGACCUCAUGUCCGACAAGAAGGUUCAAGGGGUCGUGUUUGGUGAUGACACUGAUCAGGAGGCUAUAGCUCAGAUAUUGGACUUUAUUUCUGUACAGACACUUACUCCCAUCCUGGGUAUUCAUGGUGGAUCUUCGAUGAUCAUGGCUGAUAAGGAGGAAGCAUCCAUGUUCUUUCAGUUUGGACCCUCAAUCGAGCAGCAGGCCUCGGUCAUGCUGAAUAUCAUGGAAGAAUACGAUUGGUACAUCUUCAGUAUAGUUACCACAUAUUUCCCAGGAUACCAGGACUUUGAGAACAAGGUACGAAGUACCAUUGAAAACAGCUUUGUGGGGUGGGAGCUGGAAGAGGUUAUCCAUCUGGACAUGUCUUUAGAUGAUAUUGAUUCGAAAAUCCAAAACCAGUUGAAGAAGCUUCAGAGUCCCGUCAUCUUGCUUUACUGCACAAAGGAAGAAGCAACAUAUAUUUUUGAAGUGGCGCAUUCUGUGGGGUUGACGGGUUACGGCUUCACGUGGAUUGUACCAAGUCUUGUCGCAGGAGAUACUGAUACUGUGCCAGAUGAGUUCCCCACCGGACUCAUAUCAGUAUCUUAUGAUGAGUGGGACUAUGAUCUGCCUGCUCGGGUUAGAGAUGGGAUUGCUAUAAUCACCACAGCAGCAUCCACUAUGCUCUCUGAGCACAAUUCCAUUCCUCAGUCCAAGAGCAGUUGUAACAACAUCCAGGAGAGCAGAGUCUAUGAAGCCCAUAUGUUAAAAAGGUACUUGAUCAAUGUGACAUUUGAAGGUCGGAACCUUUCGUUCAGUGAAGAUGGCUACCAGAUGCAUCCCAAGCUGGUCAUCAUUCUGCUCAACCAAGAGAGAAAAUGGGAACGGGUGGGGAAGUACAAGGACCGGAGCCUUAAGAUGAAGUACUAUGUCUGGCCUGUGUUUGACCUGUACCCAAAUUCAGAGGAACACAAGGAUGAACACCUGAGCAUUGUGACGUUGGAGGAGGCUCCAUUUGUUAUUGUUGAAGAUGUGGAUCCACUGAGUGGAACCUGCAUGAGGAAUACUGUUCCCUGUCGCAAGCAGAUACGCCCUGAGAACCGCACGGAAGAAGGGGGAAACUACAUCAAGCGAUGCUGCAAGGGCUUUUGCAUAGAUAUCCUGAAGAAAAUAGCAAAGACUGUCAAAUUCACCUAUGAUCUCUAUCUGGUGACCAACGGCAAGCAUGGAAAAAAAAUUAAUGGGACAUGGAACGGAAUGAUUGGAGAGGUGGUGACCAAACGAGCCUACAUGGCUGUUGGAUCUCUGACUAUCAAUGAGGAACGCUCAGAAGUGGUCGACUUCUCUGUACCAUUCAUAGAGACAGGCAUCAGUGUCAUGGUUUCAAGAAGUAAUGGGACGGUGUCUCCUUCUGCAUUCCUUGAGCCAUUCAGUGCAGAUGUCUGGGUUAUGAUGUUUGUGAUGCUUCUCAUUGUUUCGGCAGUUGCUGUCUUUGUAUUCGAGUAUUUCAGCCCAGUGGGAUAUAACAGGUGCCUUGCAGAUGGCCGAGAGCCUGGCGGCCCCUCGUUUACCAUUGGGAAAGCCAUAUGGCUGCUUUGGGGCCUUGUGUUCAAUAACUCUGUGCCUGUACAGAACCCGAAGGGAACCACCAGUAAGAUAAUGGUAUCCGUUUGGGCCUUUUUCGCUGUCAUCUUCCUGGCCAGUUACACAGCUAACCUUGCAGCCUUCAUGAUCCAAGAGGAGUAUGUCGACCAAGUGUCUGGGCUAAGUGAUAAAAAGUUUCAACGACCCAAUGACUUCUCUCCAGCUUUCCGAUUUGGAACUGUUCCUAAUGGCAGCACAGAGAGGAAUAUCCGUAACAACUACCUGGAGAUGCACUCGUACAUGGUUAAGUUCAAUCAGCGUUCAGUGCAGGAUGCUCUUCUUUCUCUAAAAUCUGGUAAGUUGGAUGCCUUUAUCUAUGAUGCUGCUGUUCUGAACUACAUGGCUGGGCGAGAUGAAGGCUGCAAGCUGGUGACCAUUGGAAGUGGGAAAGUAUUUGCAACCACUGGAUAUGGAAUUGCCAUCCAGAAGGACUCAGGGUGGAAAAGGCAGGUCGAUCUUGCAAUUCUUCAGCUAUUUGGUGAUGGGGAAAUGGAAGAAUUGGAGGCUCUUUGGCUGACUGGUAUCUGUCACAAUGAAAAGAAUGAGGUUAUGAGCAGUCAGCUGGACAUAGAUAACAUGGCAGGAGUCUUCUACAUGCUGGCCGCUGCCAUGGCACUGAGUCUCAUUACAUUUAUAAUGGAGCAUCUGUUCUUCUGGCAACUACGGCACUGCUUCAUGGGAGUCUGCUCAGGAAAGCCAGGCAUGGUGUUCUCCAUCAGUAGGGGAAUCUACAGCUGUAUUCAUGGAGUUGCAAUAGAAGACCGACAGUCUGCAUUGGAUUCUCCUUCGGCCACAAUGAAUAAUACUCAUUCCAACAUUCUUCGUCUCCUCCGCACUGCCAAGAACAUGGCAAAUCUUUCUGGGGUUAAUGGUUCUCCACAGAGUGCUUUGGACUUUAUACGACGGGAAUCUUCAGUCUAUGAUAUCUCAGAACAUCGGCGAAGUUUUACCCACUCUGACUGUAAGUCAUUUCAGCCAGAAGAAAAUCUUUUUAGCGAUUACAUCUCAGAGGUGGAGAGGACAUUUGGUAACCUUCAGCUUAAGGACAGCAAUGUGUAUCAAGAUCACUUUCAUCACCAUCGACCUCACAGUAUAGGGAGCAACAGCUCUAUUGAUGGGCUGUAUGACUGUGAUAAUGCUCCUUUCACAACACAACCCAGAUCUUUGUCCAAGAAACCUUUAGAUAUAGGCUUGCCAUCCAAACACCCCUCACCCCAAAUUGGCGACCUGUAUGGUAAGUUUUCUUUUAAGAGUGACCAUUAUGGUGCCCCUGAUGACUUAAUAAGAUCUGAUGUUUCUGAUAUAUCCACACAUACUGUUACCUAUGGGAAUAUAGAAGGCAAUGCAAAGCGAAGGAAACAGUAUAAAGACAGCCUGAAGAAGCGCCCAGCAUCGGCCAAAUCACGACGGGAAUUUGAUGAGAUUGAACUAGCUUAUCGUAGGCGUCAAAGGUCCCCAGAUCACAAGCGAUAUUUCCGGGACAAAGAGGGCCUGAGGGAUUUUUAUCUGGAUCAAUUCAGGACCAAGGAAAACAAUCCACACUGGGAACAUGUGGACCUAACCCAUAUCUACGCAGAAAGAGCAGAUGAUUUUAAGCAUGACACUUCUUGCUCAAACAGGCAGCACCAGAAGCAUGUGGGGGAGUUUGUACAAACUGACCGUAAACAUGGCUCUGGAGGAAAUGCCUGGGAGAAAAACAUGAGCAAUAUUGAAUGGGAAGAUAGAGCCUCAAGCAAUUUCUGCCGUAACUGUCCUUCAAAGAUGCAUAACUACACAGGGCAAAACACUAACCGCCCAGCGUGUAUUCGUUGUGAAGUUUGCAAAAAAGCAGGAAACCUCUAUGACAUCAGCGAGGACAAUUCUUUGCAGGAUCUGGAAGCUCGACCCAUUCAAGCUCCCAACUCUAAAUAUCCACAGAGUCCUAAUGGCAAGGCUCAGAAACGAAACAGAAGCAAACUUCACCGCCAGCAUUCAUAUGACACAUUUGUGGACCUUCAGAAAGAAGAUGUUACCUUAGCUCCCCGUAGUGUUAGCCUGAAAGAUAAAGAACGCUUCUUGGAUGGUAGCCCCUAUGCCCAUAUGUUUGAGAUGCCCAAUGAGACCUCCUUCACCAGCAAGUCCCAUGGCCCUACACACAAUCCUGGGGGCUACAUGCUCAGUCGUUCCUUGUACCCAGAUCGGGUUACCCAAAACCCAUUCAUUCCCACAUUUGGGGAUGACCAAUGUCUGCUGCAUGGGAGCAAGCCCUACUACUUUAGGCAACCUGCUAUUGGUGGCUUGAAAGGAAGGGCGGACUUCCGUGGGGCUGGAAAAUCACUUUCUGCUCAACAUUCAGGCCCUUCAGGCCAUUUCCAAAAAGACAUUUGUAUAGGGAACCAACCCAAUGCCUGCGUUUCAAACAAUAAGAACCCCAGGUCUUUCAACAACUCUACCAAUGGCCAUGUGUACGAGAAAUUGUCCAGCAUUGAAUCUGACGUCUGAGAGGGGGAGGUGGGCUUGGUCCUAGAUUCUCCUCUUCCCAAACACAAAUGUUAUUCUCUUACAGUGAAGCAGAACAAAUGUGUUCCUGAAUGCUGUUGGAGCAGGAUACAUGAAAUGCAGCUUUUUAAUUCUCAUCGUCUUUCUUCUCUUACUGGGGUCAUCUCAUAUUUUAAAACAUGUGGAUUUCACAUCUCAUCAUGCAGAAGCACGGAGCUGACAUCAGAGGAGGGGUGGGGUUAUUUAUUUUAAUUUACUGAAGACAUGAGUUAAUGCUGUAAAGGAGGCAGGACUAAUAGGUAAAGACACGCUCAAUAGUUUUCUUCCAUAUCUAUAAUAUCAAGGUCUGGGAGAAGAAAUGUAAACAGGGGGUUCUUAAUAGCUUCUUAAAUGUAAGUUGGUUUAGGGACCGUGCGAGGGUACUACAUAUGUAUGAAAAGCUUCAUUGAAACCCUCAAACUGGGCAGCCUUUGCUGAUAAGCCCAUGUUUAGUGCCAUCUCUUUAGAAAAGGUGCCUGGGAACUGCCCAAAAUGAAUGCUGUGGUAUGUCUGUGUAAAGAAUGUCCAAAGACACUGAAUGCUACUGUAUAUUGCCAUAUACUGGUUUUUAAAAGAUAGAUUCCAUAGCUUGUUUAUCCACCUCAAACUUUUGUUCCGUUUCUUUUCUGGCUGCACAUGCUAUCCAUUCUGAAUUUGGGCAGUCUUUUCCCAAAUGCAGAAGACUUGAUACCCGAAAAAAAACAAUAAUCAGGAAAUAAUAGAAAUGGUUAUUUUUACCUUGAAAAUGCACAAAAGAAACAGCUCAUCCUUAAGUUUUAGCACUAAAUAUUUAAUCAUAAAUACUUUAAGGACUGAAAAGAAUAGUGCAGAUAAGGUAGCUCAGGAACACCAUAGAAAUAGAUUAGACCAUUAACUAGUACCCCAAAUUAUCCAAAUAGCUCAGCCUGAAACACAUUUGUAUUCUUAUACUGACCCAUGAUAGAAUAUCCAGCAGUAUAAACUUAAAUAGCUUUUGUAUUUUUGAUAUAUAUAUGUAUAUAUUUUGCAAAUUGUGUUCUUGAUUCUGUUGUGCUGCAGUUUAUGAUUUUGAGGCUCACACUCAUAAUCGGCAUUUUUAUUUCUACUGAUUUUAUUUUUAAAAUUGGUCUGUAGACUUAGCAGGAUAACAAGAUGUAAGACACAUCUGGAUCAAAGGGCUUCCUUAUCAUGGAACUAUCUUUUAGAGGCAGACAAUAUCAAUAUGGGGUAAGGAAUAGUAAUAGUCCUUCACCGUGAUGAAGAAAGUUUAGCCAGCAUUAGGGUUUCAGAUCAUCAAGCUUGCAAUUCAAUAUAAAGUAACAGUAUUAAACUGAAUUCAAAGGGAAUAGCAACCAAAAUGAAUCUAUUACCAGUCCCACGAUAAACAUAACUUGCUUGUAAUCCAUCACAAGGAUAAAGUAUUUACUGUAUCUCUUUCACCGAGAUCAUUUAGGAUAAGUUUACAGAUAAAUGUAGGAUCAGCAGGAAUAAAGUCAAACUUGGUCAAGAUUAGAAACAAGAUAGGAAGAAAUCACUAGCAAUUGACGGCAUUUUGUGUGACAUUACUGGUGGCCAACGAGGGUUUUUUCACACAUGGUCUACACUUCAGUUAUACAGCUAGAAUAUGUAAUAUAAUAUUCACAUAUGUUUGCACAUAUUGUUUAUAUGAACAGAUAUCAUCUUUAAUAUUAUUUGGAAAUAUAUUGGAGGUGUCAUUUUGACAAUAAUCAGAACAUGUGGUGCGGCUGAGUGUGGUGAACGCAGGUGAUUGAGGGCAGUCUCCUAGCACAACAACUACUGUAUGACCAUAAGGGCAUUAAACUUCACCUCUCUUAGGUGACAUUCAGAUACAGCUGGAGAAAAUGGGAAGCGUCCACCAAGCCUCCAAUUAGUCCUUCCAUCACGUUGAAUGUGAGGGGAGAGAAUCAGGGUGCCGCUUCAGUCAUCAAAAAAACAUGGGACGGGACCAUGCCGCCCACUGUUAUGUUAUUUAAUUUUUGUAAAUAAGUGUUUGAGACUUUUUUGAUAGACUUUUUGAUGAAUUUCUAGUGACACAGAGGGAGAAGCUUGUGUGUCCUGCCCCAAGACACCUAAAGUUUUAAAGGCUCUGUAUUAUUGUGCCAUUUUCCUGAGCCAUUGAUCAUAGAUGUUCAUGGUUCUUGGCUCUUUAUUGUUUUUUUUUCAUGUGCCAUUUGAAAGAGCUCUGUCCUGGAGGUGGGGUGCUCUUAUUUUGUGCCAAUUUUUAUGAGCCAUCCAAUGCUAGGCUCUUAUUACAUGUGCCAAAUUGCUGAAGCCACUUUAGAAAUGACUACCACUUAACUUAUAAUUAAUGAAGCCAUUCGACCAUGAUGUGACAUUGACAUUGUUUUUGUGCCAACUUUUUAGGUCUGUGACAGGAGACUGUCUAGGGGAUUCUCCUUUAAAUAAAAAUACAUUUAUACACCAUGGUGCCAUGGUUACAUUUCCACUUGGGAGGUAUUUGUAUCAAGGUUCAGGAUGCAACACAAAUGUUUCCAGAUUUGCUGGUCUGUUUCCAAGUAGACCCUUCAUGAUAUUCCUUCAAAUUUCUUUUUUUUUCUUUUUAAUUACUGACCUUCUGAGUUCACAAAAACAUAUUGAAGGAUAUUCUGAUACUCUAACAGCCUAAAUCAGGGCUGUCCAACUGGACACCCACAGGCCAGAAAUGGCCUCCAAUGGAUUUGUAUGGCCCAGACUGCUCAAGGUCUCCAUAUAUUUUUCUUUCUGCUAUGUUAAGGCUCAUUUAUGAAUUAGUGCAUAGUGUUAAAAUGUAUGUAAAAGUGUCAGCUCUAAAAUCGUAUUCGCAAAGAGGCUCCUGUACAGGCUUCUUAUAACUUGAAUGUAACCCCAAGGCUCUCUAGCCUGGUGCUUUG